AUGAACUUUUCAAAAGCUGUCAAAAUUCUUGAAGCUCCGGGAAAAAUUCCAGGUUGUUCCCCUUGUCGCAACAUAGAUGACUGCAUAUCUGAUCUUCGAGCCCAGGUGGCUGCCAACAAAAAGGGUAUCGAUCUCACUACUGACUUGAUUGAGCAGUAUGGCGUUGCUGUUGUGCAGGCAUAUAUGAGUCACAUUCAGAAUAAUGCGGAGAUUACGGUGAGGAAGCUUCUGCGUGAUAUGACGUUUAAACUGAAUAAUAGCGUUAUGGAAGCGACUGAUUUCAUGGACGACGGCUCAGCGAUUUCGCUCAAAGUCACCAUCGAUCAGGAAGCGGGCAGCGCGGUUUUUGACUUCACCGGCACCAGCUGCGAGGUAUACGCAAAUCUGAACGCUCCAACGGCUGUUACAACUGCAGCUGUGCUCUACUGCAUUCGCUGUCUGAUCGACGACGACAUACCCUUGAAUCAAGGUUGUCUGAAACCUAUUAGGAUAACUGUCCCGGAGGGCUCGCUUUUGAAUCCAAGCUCUAACGCAGCCGUCGUCGGUGGCAAUGUCCUUACAUCUCAACGUAUCGUCGAUGUCAUACUUAAAUGCUUCAAAGUGUGUGCGGCCUCGCAAGGAUGUAUGAACAACGUUUCAUUUGGAGAUACCUCAUUCGGCUACUACGAAACGAUUGCUGGCGGAAGCGGUGCGGGUCCAAAUUUUCCUGGUUGUGAUGGAAUACAGACGCACAUGACAAACACACGAAUAACCGAUCCAGAGAUUUUGGAGCGAAGGUAUCCGGUCGUUCUUAUUCAGUUUAAGAUUCGUAAAGGUUCCGGUGGCGCUGGUCGUUUCAAAGGUGGUGACGGUCUAACUCGUGAAUAC